GAUUCCACACAUCCUUCUCUUAAGCCAAUGUGGGCUGAUUGUACCCACCAAUCAGAGGCUUGCUCUAAUGGAAGGUGUGAAUUUGCUGUCAGCAGUGGGUGUGUUGGCCCUGGUCAACCUGAAGCAGACCCCCUCGAGAAGAGGGCUGAGAAUGAGCCUUGGUUGGCCCGGAAAAAUACCAGGCCACCCAGAUAUGUAAACAACCUACGCUACCCGGCCCGGGCCGACCCGAUACAGAUGGGAAUGGCCCAAUAAUCUCACCAAAUCUUGGCAAGCAUUGAUACCAGAUAUUAUUUAUUGGCAUUACUUAAUAACCUGCUACAUGUUAUUGUUAAUAAAUGGCAAAACAGUAUUUGGCAGCCACCAAUUGUACAAGUUGUUCCACUUAAGAUGAGAGAGUUCUGUCAUUUUCAUCAUAGGUACAUUUCAAAUGUGAGACAGUAAGUAAAAUAAAUCCAGGAAGUCACAAUGUAUGAUUUUUAAAGAACUUAUUUGUCCAUUGCUGCAGAAAACAAGUGUUUAUCAACUAAAAAAAUUUUUUCUUCAAGAAGUUGUUCUAUCUCGUUACCAAUGGCGGCUUGUCCAUAGGGAGCGCUAGGGUGCCACCCUACCAUUCUCUCAGGAAGAGGAUGAAAAGAAGAAGAAGAUAGAAAUCAUAAAAUAUUUUUAAAAAAUACAUGAAAAUUAAACUAAGUGAUCUAUAAAUCACACAGACUACAAAUGCUGUGUAUAAUCUACAUUUAAGUGUAGUUUUAAAAAAUUGUUUACACUUUUGCCACAGAACCGGAAAUUCUCAACAGUUCACUGUCCUUUGUUGUUGUAGAACAGAUGAGUGCACCUCUUGGAGUUUUUUUUAUUAUAAAGAAACAGAAAAUGGUGGAAUGUGGCAUCAGGGACUUAUAAACAUUCUACAGCAGGUAAAAAAACACAAGACAGUCAAAAAUCAGCUCAGUGUGACAUUUGAACAUUGGAUUACAGAACCAAGUGUUUUUUACUAUAACAUGGACAUCAUGACCAAAAAUCAGCUAACGUAAGACUGUAGGUAGAGUUAUAGUAAUUAUGUUGUUGUAAAGAAGUGAGUCCAAACUUUAAUUUAAGCAGUUCUUUAUGUGGAAAGCAUCAUAUUGCAUUGUUGCUACUUUGAGUUUGGCUUUUUUCAGCCAUUUUAUUUAGUGUCAUUGUUGAGGUAGAAAAUGUGGAUUCUAUCAUAAGAUUGGUAAACUCACAUCGCCUAGUAGUGAUUGAUAUGUGGUUAGCGCUAACAUCUAGAAACAGCAUAAAUGCGCCCCACCAAAAAUUAAAUUCACCAGCCGCCACUGCUCGUUACUGGUAUUAGUGGCACCUGUUUUAACUCAAUAUUGGUAAAAAUAAUAAACCACCUGUCCACACUUUCAAACAGUCAGACUCUAACCUCCAGCAUAGCCAAGACCAGAGAGCUCUCCAUGGACACCAGGGACAAACAGUCUAUAGGCUAGCAGCUUGGCUGAAUUAAUUCUGUAUAUGAAAUGUCCUAAAUAAAUGAAGCUGCUUUAAUGAGAAACUGUUGGAGGGUUUAUUAGAAAAAGCAAUAAAAACAAGAUCACUGACAGUUUCCCUCGACAUGGGGCUUCAUGCAUGAUCUCAUCUUAUGGGCUACAAAUGAUCUCGAGAAAGGUGAAGAAACAGCCCAGAACUACACUGGGAGGAUUGGUCCUGAAGAGAGCUGGGACCACAGUAACAAAGGUUAUGAUUUGUGCUUGAAGAGGUUUGCCAGAGAUUAUCUGGAUGAUCCAGAGGAGGAUUGGGAGAACGCCAUGUGGUCAGAUGAGUCCAAAAUAGAGCUCUUUGCUAUAAACACCAUUCACAAUGUUUGGAAGGGAAGAUGGCUGAGUUUUAUACCAAGAACACCAUACCCACUGUGAGGUAUGAGGGUGGUAACAUCAUGCUUCGGGGCUGCUUUUCUUCAAAGGGUACAGGAUGACUGUUCUGGCCGCCACCUCUCCGUCCCAGGGGUUGAAGUUCAGCACCACAGACAGAACUUGUUUCUGAUGCUCCUGUUCAGCGCAACGGACAAGGGCACGCCGACUAUGAACUUCCACCACCGCUUCCUCUUGGAUGCGGCCGGCGCAGCUCUUCAAGGUUGCCCUAAUGAUACCUAAGGAAUGGCUCUCAGUUAUUCUGGGGGUCUUGGAUCUGUGCUGAUGUUCCCUGAUCACUCCGUCUAGCAAUGCUAGUGAUCCGAUAAGCUGAGUGCUUUGGAUGACCGCUUGUGGGGUUACCGUUUAAAUCACCCUAUAGCUUUGACAAUAGUAUUCUGUUUGUAGUUGUACUUGUUGUAAUUGUUGAAGUGUGCUACCAUGUAGAUUGCCUAGGUAAUUUGGUUUUGGUGGGCUGUCACACCACUCAUUUUUAGAUCAACAGUUGAGCAAUAUUCUAAUCAUUUUUUCUCCUCAAGGUUAUUUUUAGUUAUUGUUGGUCCAAUUAGCUUAGAGGCAUUUUGUGUUGGAUAUCAAUAUACAGUAUAUUUAGCAUUGAGUUUACAAUUAGCAGUGACAAAAUAAAUCCUUAGUUCAUCUUUUAAAGUUGCACGUGUCUCCUUUAUUCUAAACUAAUGAUUAUACAUGACAAGAUAUGAAUAAUGAGAUGUGAUGGAGUGGAUAUUCUGUGAUGGAAUGUGAUGUGUAGGUGGCGUGAUGUAAGCUAGAUGUUUAUCAGAACCUUUGUAUCUUACAGAAAUUGUGAAAUCAUGGGUGUAAAAGAAUUUGUUGUCUGCUAUAAACUAGACAGUUGAUUAUUAAUAAAACAACAUCUGACACAAUCUGUUGUGUCUACAAACCCUGGCGGAGGCCCCCAGCAGAUCCGGACUGCCAGGAAGUCGGGUGAACCUCACGGCACCGGGAUGUCGUAGAUUAAACUCCGAUACGACCCGUCCAGUCUUGAGAUGUCUCCAGGUCACAACAGUAGCUGGAAUGCUUGUUUGUAUCCAAAGUGGAUGUGGCGCUUAGGGAGCCGUCUGGCUGUGUCAGCUUGCAUCGUGCAAACAGGUUUUUGACUGUAUGUCAAAAGAAAUGUCUCAAGGAUGCUUGUUCCAAAUUGGCGGGUCUGAACUCCGCUAGAAACUGAAUUACUCAGGAAGUAAUUCUUGUUUUAGUAACUCAUUCACUGCCAUUGACGAAUGAAGUCGUCAUUUUAGAUCCAACUGUUCACUGCCCAUGACGACUAAAGUCGUCAUUUGCAUUUAUUUACUGUGUGGGCAUCUGAACGAGCCUCCGCACCGAGAGAACAAACAUCUCAGCUCUGAAGCCGAUCUUCCCCCGCAUACGUCACACGUCACAUGAUCAGGAAGCAGAAAAUCCAUGUUUUAGGAGAUCGUUUUGGGCCGUUCCUGUAAAAAAAAAGUGAGGCACGAACUGGAAAAGCGUCUGACAAUCACAAUUCAACAACAAAUUAUGGAAGAACGGACAACACUCGAAACACGCGGAUUCUUCCUGAUGUAAGAGGUGAGUCUCCGCUUUGUUUUGGUUGUUUUGGCGUCAACAUCAUCCUAGCGCACAACGUUCUGUGACUCUUAAAAUAACAGUGAAAACGGCGAGAAAUGCUGGCAGCGAAGGCCUUUAGCAAUCAGGAAACGGCUGGCAGCGAAUGAGUUAAACUACUUUGUUAUGAUUUCUGGCCAUUCUGGCAAAUCAGAAUGUGCCAUGUCUGGAAGGCUCUACCAAAACAUUCCUCAGAAAACCGCACCUUCCUUCAGAUACAAGAUGUUUUUAUCGGUUUGAAAGAGGAUGGUUUAAAAUACUUAUGUGAGGUGAACUGUAACCUUAAUUUGUAUCUUAUGAAGAUGUGUAUGAGUUUAGACAAUGAUUAACUUGUUAAAUCAAACACAUACUGAUCAUAAGAUCUGCAAUGGAUCGUUGUAAGAGCAAUAUUCAUUUCAACUUCAUUGAUUUAAGCACAGAUUAUUCAAACAUUUUGUUUGAACAUCUUGUUCAUUCAACCAUGUGAUUAAUUAACUUUUAAGUUGUAAAGCCUUGUAGGAUUUGUGUAUAUUCACUUUUAUUCCCAGUGAGGAAUCCAGCAGUCUGGGGCAGAGAGAUAUUUGACAUUUUAUUUAUGUCUGCAUUGAAGCACAAUGGAUCCUCCAGCUGGUGUAACCUUGACUUUGCAGCUCUGGUGUGUAUGAAAGGUUACUGUGUCAACUUGAUGGUGAAAAUGUACCCUUUUGAUUCAUUACAAUAUCGUAUGAUUUCUUGUAUUAUUUUUUCUUUGACAUUCUGAUUUUCACGGUUGAACCUAUGACGGAAAGUACAGGCCUCUCUCAGCUUUUUCAGUGGCAUACCAUAAAUCCUCUAAUACAGGCCCGGGCCUGUAUUUUACUCAAGCUCAUCAAGCUCCAGGAUUUUAUUGGAAGGAGGGCCAGAAUUAGAGGCAGGACUCAAUUUCUAUUUGAGUUUGGUUGGUUCGCUGGAGUUUUUGACAAUUAAAAUUGCGCCCACAUUUUGAAAGUUAAACACAUUUUUUAACAACGGUAGUUUCUGCUUCAGCCCUCUCCCCCCUCCCCCUGCGUAGCAGUCGCAAACUCACUGAUGCGCCUGCAGCCUCUCAGAGUUCCUGCUGCUCUAAACAUUAAAACAAUAAUUUCAUUUUCUGUUCCUCACUUCUGAUUACCUUCAAUGGUGUCUGUUUGUUGCAACCUCCAGGUACAAAAACUAACUUGUUUUUAUUUGACUAUUUUUCUGUCCUGUCUGUUUAUUAUCUUCCUGCAUCUCCUCUCAAUCCUAAAGAAAAACUGCUACCUGGCUUCAUAUAUAUUCACCUCAUGAGUUACCUUUGAACUGCAGUUCUAAAAGAUCUACCGACCGUAAAAACAGCGGGGUGUGCGCUGCUCGCCGGCCGCACCGGUGAGGUGCGUCACCGGAGGACAAAACAGGUGAUGCGCCCCGCUCCACAGCAGCGAAAAGCAUCAGGCACAAAUAAAAGACAGAAAACAUAAAAGGAAAUGAGCCGACAUAAACAAACGCGUGUUAAAUUAGUUUUUGAGGUGGCGACACCAGAUUUGAUAAUGUUACUGUGGUCGUGCUCAGGACGCAGAUGUCUGGAGCGCAUCAACAAUCAGAGCUUUGCAUGCGCAAGCUGGUUAAGGUUAGGAUGGGGGUGAGGGGAAGGUUAAAUUGCAAGAGGGCAAAGGUCACAAUUUGGUUAAAUGUCCGUUUUACGGCGGGUGUCAGUACCGACGCUCUGGCACAGCGCGUUGCCUCCCGACGCGCAGGGGCUCAUCACCUGCUGACAGCAGGCUGCUGUCUUUUCCGUGGACUGCAUCUUGCCGGUCAUUAUCAAGUGACAGCGACUAGUCGAUGACAGGCAUAAAAAGUCACUAUAGAGCGGUGAAGUCGACUAGUGACUAGUUCAUACAACCCCUGCUACUGCUCCCCAGAGUGUUCUGCAGCAUAAUCAGCACGUUCUCUUUGAACUUGAUAUCAAAUUUUCGCCUCCUCUUCGUCUCCGCACCUGCCACGGUUAAAGUUACCCUCGCGGUCUAUCACUGGCAAAUCAAAAGUGAGACGGAUGACACAACGGCCCCCCUGUGGUACUUGCUUGUUACCACAUUCCACCCGGCCGCAAUAAAAAACCGGCCAUUAUUCACCUCCGCCGACUCCAACACCGGCCAAAAUGUAAUACCCGGCUGUUAAUUGAAUACAGGCCAAUAUUAGAGGACUUACGGUAACUUGCACAAUCUAUGGCUGCCAAAUACUUCUUUGCCCAACUGUACACAAGUAUUUCGGUAACACCUUACAAAAAGGACCCCUUUAUUAAUGUUACUUAGUGCGUUAUUAAACAUUAAUAAACAAUAAAAUAAAUUAUUAGCAACUGCUUAAUAUUAAUGUUAAUAUAAAAUAAUGCAUUACUAAGCAGAUACCCCUCCCCUGGCCCUUUGUUCUACCCUUAAGGACUCUUAAUGGUUGACAAUAUUGGGAACGGUAAUAACGGGAUACUUUGUCUAUUAAUGCUUAACUCAUUCGCUGCUAGCGUUUCUCACCGUUUUUACUGUUUUUUUUUUAAGACUCACAGAACGUUGCGCACUAGGAUGAUGUCGACGCCGAAACAUUCAGAACAUUCAAAACAAAGUGGAGACUCACCUCUUACAUCAGGAAGAAUCCGUGCGUUUCGAGCGUUAUCCAUUCUUUCAUAAUCUGUUGUUGAAUUGUGAUCGGCAGAAGCUUUGCCGGUUCGCUCCUCACUUUUUUUUUACAGCAGCGGCCCAAAACAAUCUCCUAACACGUGGAUUUUCUGCUUCCUGAUCACGUGAUGUGUGACGUACGCGGAUGAAGAUCGGCUUUAAAGCUGAGAUGUUUGUUCUCACGGUGCAGGGGCUCGUUCCGACGCCCGCACAGGAAAAACAUGUAAAUGACGACUUAAGUCGUCAUUGGCAGUGAACAGUUGGAUUUAAAAUGACGACUUUAGUCAUCAAUGGCAGUUAAUGAGUUAAUAAUGGUUAAUAAAGAAACCCUUAUUGUGAGGUGUUACCUGUAUUUCUUGCAAUUUUGCUCUUUAGUUGCUUUUUAACAGUAACAAACUUUUCCCACAGUUCUCUAUAUAUCUAAUAUUCUCUUCACCUGCUCAUCUGGUUGUGAGACUCUUGAUCUCCUUCUGUAAGUUUUGCUGAUUUAAACACAAAAAAUCUCAUUGUUUUCCAGACUUUUUUGGUCUGAUCAGUACACUAGGUGAAGAGCAAGAAUAUGUUUUACUGGUUUUGUGUGGAUCAAUCUGCCCAAUGUUGGAAACAUAUCUAUAAAACAAUAAACUUUACUUAGCUUUCAUUACUAAAGCGUGUUUUUCCAGUUAUUAUUUAUUUACCAAAAACCAAAAGGUUUUGUACUCAGACUGCAGACUGUAAGGAAUAUAGGAGUUCUAUUGGCUAACAGGUAUUUAAUGAUGACUGAUUUGUCAAUAAAAAUGUAUUAUUUUUUUUUCAUCAAACAAUUUUCACUGACAAAGGAUCCAAAAUUUGUCUUUGGAGAGAGACGGCAUGCCCCGCCAUGUGUUUGUGCGCCUCUUGCCCACUCUCUCCAGCGUGGCUUGUUUGUCUCCCUCCCUCUCAUUUUCGAUGCCAUCUCCCACUCAUCCUCCCUCACUCUUUUUAUCUGCUGGCUCUCUCACUCACUCCCCCCCCCCCCCCCCCUCCUCAUAACAUUCACUUCCUGACAACCGCUGCCAAAGGACUAACAAGAGCAGCACAUCCCCAGAUUCCACCACUGAACGAGGGUCUGGGGAAAAAACACACACAGAUGAAAGGGAAGAAGAGAAAAGUUCUAAGUGUAGCUGAGGAUGUUUUAGAUGUGGUUGCUUGUAGAUUCAGCAGUAAUGGCCUCCAAUAUGGAUUAAUCAAGGUUGACUGAAGUCAACAGGAGAGAACCAACUACUUUCUUGGAGUGGUCCUGAAUCAGAAGCUCUUGGUUUGAAUGAAAGUCUGGAGCAGAGUGGAAGAAAACUGCUGGUCUGGACUCGGUCAAAGUGUUGAGAUUGGGUGCGGUUGUGCUGCUGGCCGGGCUCGGGCCAGCCCGACUCGGAUCAUUGGCGUCGUGCUGAGCGAUGACAUACAGCGGUCCACCAAGAUGCUGAGUCUGGAUGGACUGGAGAUGAUCGCUGUCCUGGUGGUCAUGGGUCUCUUCAUCAAAGUCCUGGAGCAGUUUGGGAUGUUCGAGCCAGUUGGCGGGGAAGACAGCGUGGAAGAUGACUUUGAGUUAUCCACCGUGUGCCAUCGCCCUGAAAGCAUGGACAAGCUGCAGGAGCAGACAAAAUUUACCAAGAAGGAGUUGCAAGUGCUCUACAGGGGCUUCAAAAAUGAGUGUCCGAGUGGAGUCGUGAAUGAGGAGAACUUUAAGACUAUUUACUCCCAGUUCUUCCCUCAGGGAGAUUCAAGUAUGUAUGCACAUUUCCUGUUUGAAGCCUUCGACACGAACAAGAACGGCUCGGUUAGUUUCGAGGAUUUUGUUUUUGGUUUGUCCAUCAUCCUGAGAGGGACGAUUAAUGACCGGCUAAACUGGGCGUUUAACCUCUAUGACCUAAACAAAGAUGGCUGCAUCACCAAAGAGGAGAUGCUUGACAUCAUGAAAUCCAUCUAUGACAUGAUGGGAAAGUACACGUACCCCACCAUGCAGGACGACGCUCCAAUAGAGCACGUAGAGAACUUCUUCCAGAAAAUGGACCAAAAUAAAGACGGGGUGGUCACCAUAGACGAGUUCAUUGAUUCUUGUAAAAAGGAUGAGAACAUCAUGCAGUCCAUGCAGCUGUUUGACAACGUCAUCUAAGGAUCUGGAGCAGUGAAGACGCUGGCUUGAGGGAGAGGUGUGUGAUGGUGGAAGGAACAUGGAAAAGACAAUACAAAGCUUGUGAAUGUGUGAAUGUGUGAAUGUGUUUGGUUGAAAAACGUGUGUCUAUGUUGAGAGCUGUGAAUCUUGAUGGUGCAGCGAGGCCCUCUCCCUCCUCCUGGACCCCGGUGGCAUUUUUUCAAGUGACAACGGAGUUUCCCUGGCUCCAGUACUCAUCAUACUGAACCUUACUUAGUUUUUAUCCUUGAGCAAAGACAGAGAUGGCUUGAAAUGGGCUUGCAGUGGCCGACGCACUCAACAAACCCACCAGAUUUGUUGGAGCAUUAAAAAUUUUUUUUAUAAUCGGUUCUGGUGGCGCAGCUUUCAUCGCCUGUAAAGGCCCAAUCCAGGGGAGAGAAGUUACCCUUGGCCUUCGUGUAAACUCACUUUUCUCCCCAGUAUUAUGCUUUAAAAUUGGAUUUGUGAUUCUUAUCCUGCCUCCUGUGCAUGUGGGAAUCCCAGAGCUGCCUCUAAAGCUGAAAAUGAGGCCAUCUGGUGAACAAAAGAGAAAAAGACACUUCUUCAGGAGCGUGAGAAACAAAUUUAAAGAUCCAGCGUCACAUGUGGUGGUCUAAAGCUAUUGAUUUCCACGAUGAACUGAUUUCAGUAUCGCAUGAUGAUGUCACUAAUAUCUAAUUACCUAUUUAAAGAGAUACUCCAAAGUCUGCUCGUCUGUCUGCCGUUCCUAGUCAUUCACAGGUGCCUCACCCUUUGUGUAUGUGCGUGUGCAUGUGUUUCAGAAAGACCUACAGGUAAAACCCUAGAGAUACAUCGCCCACCUCCAUCAUUAGGCUUCUGGUAGAAAAGUCUUUCCUGGCCUUCAAAACAAUUACAGUCCUAGCAGUAGUUGUCUGAUGACUGUUGUGAUAUUCAUAGCCUUCCCCAUGGUGUGAUAAUAGCCAGUGCAGCGUGGGAGUUGCACUAUAGCUGAUGAGCUCUUUACCAUUCAAGCAUUUCAACUCUCCAAUACCACAGUCGUACUGGUCUAUACACACACAUCCAAUGGAAAUGUGUUAGAUUUCAGACUGUAUUUGUGAACUUUGUGAUCUGACAUGUUAUGUGGUUAUAGCAGGUUCUGCCACUCCUAAAUUAAAAUACCCCCCAAACAAAAUUUUCAUGAAACUAGGCUAAUUAAAGUUCAGGAAGACUUAUAAUGUCUCUGUUUAUAGAGUGGGAUGGAUACUUUUACUUCAUCCCAACAUGAUCCACCCCUCCCACCUAUCAGUCGUCUCUGUGUGAUAACAAAGAGAUGAUAUUCAUAACAGAGGUACGUGAAACUCAAGCUAAGAAACCCAGGUCUCCAGAGUGCGGGUUAAAACAGGAGAAAAUCCACUGGACAACGUGGAAUUAAAGAUAUUGGUUUACCUGAAGGGUUAUUUGAGGUUGUAUACCUGUAAAACCGAUCUACAACAAUGUAAUUCAUUUAUUUUCAUGCCAGAUCUUCUAACUCAGACCAGAGGAACAUAAAGACUAAUUACAUUUUGUGCAGAAAGUCUAACGUGGAAUAGCAAUAAUGUCACCAACCACAUGACCACAGUCAUUCCUUAAUCCCCUCAAAGCACAUAAGGGGUGUGGGUGUGGGGUGGGGGGGGGGGGGCACAAAAAUGUUUCCCUUUUUUUGAGUGAAAAUAUACCUUUCCAACCCUGUAUUUUCUGAUUUUACUUUAGAAAAUAAAAAAAAUUCCAUGUUUAUUUUAGGACAUAAAUGUUUUGACUGCUAUCGUUCCUGCUAACAUGUUUUUAUUUACUUAUUUUUUGUUGUUAUUGUUUUUGUUCCAUUUCUGACCACAACUAAAACCUGUCUGAACUCGCAUGUACUGUGUCUGGAUCAAUGAAACUUACUAACAUGUUGUACUGGCUGUCUAGUUAGCUGCCCUCUGGUUGCAUUAGAUAUUUAAAAUGUGUAUAUUUUGUACAGAGAACAAUAAAAAUCACAUCUACUAUGCAAAAAUUGACUGGAACUUGAAUUAGAAUUACCACAUAUGUUGGUUUUUAAGUUAUUAAUGUAAAAAUCAAGAUCUUCAUUUAAGCUGGAGCUCCUAGUUUUUUGAGAACAUGUUUAUUUUAGUGUUAAGGUUUUUGUUUUUGCCAACUCCACCUUAAAGAUGCGAAUAGCAGAUUGACAAAAAGCUCCUAGUACUUUCUUGAAGGCACACUGAGAAACUUUGUCAUAUUUUUAAAUCAUUUUUUGAACCAGGUGCUAAAACGACCUUUUACAGUGUGAGUGAGAAGUCUCUCAGUCCCCUUCGCACCUUCUGGGCAGAAUAACAUGUUUGCAACUUGAGUUUCUCCAGACUGAUGACCUGAAAUCUUGCAAAGCCACGAGUCUCGUGAGAAGCAGUAACGGCAAUACAAGCUUAAACCUCUAAGGAUGAGCUACAGAAGGUUGGCAUUAUCAUGUUCUUCAUGGUGGAGCCUCCGAAGAAUCAAAAAAACUUUAUCAGAUGAAGCUAAAAAUAGAAAACAAAAGUCUGACCAAAAGAAGGGUUAAAGCUGCUAUAGGGGGCCCAUCUACUUUUGGACUAUGGGUCCACAAGUGCCAAGAAAAUGAAUGGGAGUCUAUGACCGGAUACAUUUUUUCUGAUCCCUUUUGAUAUGUGCCAUAGAUUGAACAUGUGAUGUCUAGGAAUUUUGAAGACAAAUUUUGAUGCCAAGAAAGUGCUUAUUUUCCACAGGCGACAAAAGUUAUUUUAGGUUUUGUGUGAAAACAUACAACAAACUACAAUUGUACAUCUCAACAAAUAGACAUCAUCAAACUAGACACGUAAAAGUGAAGAAAAAAUGGCUGUGAGUUUAGCAAGCUUCGAAUCCCUCUCACAGAAUGAAAGGAGCAUUAAAUGUGAAGAAAACCAAUAUGUGGAACGUAGCAGUUACACUAGGAAAGAAGAGAUUCUGCGGUGUCAUAUUGUGACUUCUGAUUUGUAGUAGUUUUACAUCCAAAUUUUUAAAAGCUAAUAAAUCUUGUCCUGUUAGGUCUUUUGGCCUGUGGGACUCUGAAGGCAGCUGAUGAGUACCGGCAGUCCUAGCAAAUUGCAGCUCGGAUGGUCGCGGAGGCAAAAACCCGGACGUGGGAGAAGUUUGGUGAGACCAUGGAACAAGACUUUGUACAGCUUUGAGAAGACUCUGGUCCACCAUCUAGCAUCUCAGGAGGGGAAAGCAGUGUUCUACAACCACUGUUUACAGUGGGGACUGUGUGCUGCCAACCUCGACUCAGAACGUUGUGGAUCGGUGGCUGGAGUACUUCAAAGACCUCCUCAAUCCCACCGGCACAUCUUCCAGUGAGGAAGCUGAGUUUGGGGACUUAGGGUUGGUCUCUUCAAUCUCUUGAGCUGAGGUUACUGAGGUGGUCAAAAAAACUCCUUGGUGGCAAGGCUCUGGGGGUGGAUGAGAUCCGCCCAGAUUUCCUUAAGGUUGGUUGACGUGGCAUCGGGGGCAGUUCCACUGGAUUAGCAGACCAGGGUAGUAGUCCCCCUAUUUGAAAAGGGGGACUGCAGGGUGAGGUCCAACUACAGGGGCAUCACACUUCCCAGAAAAGGUCUAUUCUGGGGCUCUGCAGAUGAGGUUCCGUCGGAAUGUCGAACCUCAGAUUCAGUAGGAUGUGGUUUUUCCUUGCAGUGGAACGCUGGACCAGCUCUAACCCCUUGGGGGGUCCUGGAGGGUGUGUGGGAGUUUGCCCAACAAAUCUACAUGUGUUUUGUGGAUUUGGAGAAGGUGUUUAAUUGUGUCCAUCAGGGAGCUCUGUGGGGGGUACUCUGGGAGUAUGGGGUACCAGGACCCAUGAGGGACCGAAGUAUGCUCACCCCUGCUCUGCACCUCAGUGGGAGCAAAUCCAAAGUGGUAGAAGAUCCAACCCCUCUUGAGGAAACUGGUUCUGAAGCCAGAGUCAUGCAUUGAGGUGAGUCCAACUAUUUCUAGUCUUAACCUCUCAACUUCACACCAGAGAGCUAGCUUUUGUAGCCAAAGACCGCCAGUUUAGCGACUUUUUGUGAGAAAUUUAAAGACUUUUGGGACAUUUCUUAGAGAAAUUUGGAGACUUUUGGGAGCUCUCUGUCAUGCCCCUGCUCCAGCCAAGCCCCGUUUC